AUGAUGCUGUCUUUCAAUUCCCUGUUUUUGCUAUUACUGAUGGUAUGGUCGGGUUGCUGUGCGGUGCUCAACAAAACGGAACUGAGAGACCGUGCUUAUGAAAUGUUUAUGCAUGGUUAUCAGUCCUACAUGACAUAUGCCUAUCCAGCUGACGAACUCAUGCCAUUGUCCUGUCGAGGACGAGUGCGGGGAGUCACUCCAAGUAGAGGAGACGUCGAUGAUUCCCUUGGAAACUUUUCCCUGACACUUAUUGACACAUUGGAUACGUUAGUGGUCGUCGGUGCUCUGGAUGAAUUUGAAAGAGCUGUCAAAUUAAUCGUGGACAAUGUGCGCUUCGAUUCCGAUCUCAUUGUUUCUGUAUUCGAAACGAAUAUUCGUAUUCUUGGAGGUCUUCUUUCUGGGCACCUAAUGGCCGAACUAGUUCGAGGUAAAGAUCCUUCGCGGCUACAGUGGUACGAUAGUGGGCAGUUGUUAAAAAUGGCUAUAGAUAUUGGAGAUCGUCUGCUUCCUGCUUUCAAUACGUCAUCGGGUCUUCCUUACAGCAGAGCUAGAAAAGCCAUGGAUUUCCUGUGGAGCCAACGGCAUCGUGCCUCUGAUUUGAUGGGGACCGUCUUGAAUGUUCAUUCUGGUGAUUGGGUCCGGAGAGUUCCUUCGGAGAUGCGUAGAGUGUUGUUUUACGUUCAGAAAGCGGUAUUGGAGCAGGGAUCGACUCUUACUACGUACUGCCUCAAAGCUUAUAUUCUGUUAGGUGACAAAAGCUUUUUGGAGAGCGAUUUGAAAGAAUAUGUCAACAAAGGACCUUUAUUUGUUGAUGUGCACAUGCAUAGACCAACAGUCGCAACUCGUUCGUUCAUGGAUGCUUUACUGGCAUUUUGGCCUGCUCUCCAGGUCUUGAAAGGAGACGUUAAACGAGCUAUUGAAAUGCAUGAAAUGCUUUUCCAAGUGGUUCAGGUUAUGGAUAGUAUAAACGACUACGUGCGUGUUCCAUGUGGCUUUGCUGGUGUGAAAGAUGUCCGAACAAUGUCACAUGAAGACAGAAUGGAAUUUUCCUUCGUACUUUCGGAAACUUUCAAAUAUUUGUACAUGAUUUUUGCGGAGCCAUCGGAACUGAUCUUUGAUCCGGAUAAUUAUGUAUUAACAACUGAGGCUCAUUUUCUUCCUUUGAAUAUUGGCAACGAGCAGAGCGAGGUUCCACGACGCAUGCUGAUCCAUCCCGAUGACAUAGCACUGUCAUCCAAAGAGUACUAUGUGUACGCUAACCCGCCAGGGUGUUCUCGAAGAACUAUUUUGAUUUGGCCAGGCGACAGGGCAGCAAAUGGCUUCUGCACAACGUGGGGCAGUGUGUCACCGUCGGAACGCCUACGGGCAUGGGCGUUUUCUGCAAGCAAUGCUGAACAUAUCAAGCAAUUACGACAAAUGGGUAUUGACGUGCAAGUACACGAGGAUGGUCGAAUGCAUUUGAGUCAUCAAACAGCUGAUGGUGGAGUGGUAACGUGUGAAAUUGACGGGAAUGGCUCACCAUCUACCAUAACGUCGUUUGCGAUUCGUGUCUCUGGUGCGAGUGUCGCGCUUGGUCAAAUGAUCAGUCUGCUCAUGUUGAUUCUCGUUGUUUGGCUCAUACUUUUAAGUAUCGCUGCUUUCAUUAUUUGCUCAGCUGCCGUACUAUUGAAGUCGUUAGGUACAAAGUGUCAGAACUGCGAGGUUUUCGCUACGUACAGAAUUCUUUCAUCGCCGUAUUUCGGGUAUCCAGUGUUUCGUGCAGCUCCCGCACAGUAUGGACCUGAUUUGGAAAGUUCACCAACGGAAGUUGAACGAUCUGAUUGCAUGUUCCAAGAGAAGUCACGUCAAGCUCAACAAGCAGGAGCUGUCGGUGUCAUCGUAAUUGACCACAUUAUUGGAACCUCCUCGGCAAACGAGCCUUCCUUUGCUAUGGCUGAGGACAAGGACUCGCCAGACGACAUAGUUAUACCUUCGUUAUUCCUGUACUACAAGGAAGGACAGCUUUUACUGAAGGCAGCUAAAGGUGGCAGCAGAAUUGUGGUUAGACUCUCCGCUACUCCCAUCAUUCCAAAUUCGUUGGUGGAACAGUUCUUGAUGUCGGGGUUGUCUCCUUCAUUAGAGGAUAACAUGAUUUGCUUGCCUUCUGAAGGUGACUUCAUAACAUUGACAACGAAAAUUCCAGCGUCACGUUCAAUUUUGUCGUUUGAAUCUUCACUCAGUCGAAUUGUUGAACGUCACGUUACGGUCCUUCAAGAUGCGGUCGGUUUCGACCGUCGGGGUCAAAGAACGAUUUCUUCCAAUCUUAUGCGAACGGCAGCCUACGGUGCUCUAGGCUUGAACGUGGAGGAUGAAAAUCUGAAAACUGUGGAACAGGCCUUACAUGAUGCGUAUGUACUACAUCUACCACCGACAGUGCACGAAUAUUUACGAGGUGAUAUCACUCAGGUUCGAUGUCUUCCAAGAGGCGAAGUGUUUCAGUGCGUUCGGAUUGCUGCAUGA